UCGACUGCAAUUGUUUUCUUAACAUUGCAUGGCUUUUUUCCGUUUCUUUUUAUAGUUAUAUCUAAGAAUUUUAAUUUAUUAUUAUCUUUAUCUUUACAUGUAAAACUGCAUUGGCAUGUUUUUCAGUUUUCUUUGCUGAAAUUUUUUAUGAGUUCAUACAUUAAUAUCAUCUACAUAGGUUUGUGGGUUUUAGUUCUAAAUAGGUCUAUUCGAUAGCAUAAUAGUAAACUAUUAUUUUAAGAAACGAAUUAGAAAUUAUGAUUAAUAUUAAAAUAUUGAUAAAAACAGUGUUCACUCUAACGAAUAAAAAUUAUAUACAUAACACUCUCUGACUAUGAAAGCCUGUACACAAAAUCAACAUUUCACAUCGCUUAAUGCUUAUUUACAAUUAUCAAUUUAUUUUUUCGAAAAACUUUGUCAAUAGAUGGAAGCAGCUAACAGUAAAAAUUAUCAAGGUUAAAGUACAGUUUCCUUUUAAAAUUGCGUAAAACUAUUUCCUUAAAUGCGUGGGUGUAGUGUCCUCUGUUACUACAGUUUGGAGGAGGUGAUCAACUGCUACGUAGUAAAAUAAUUUCACAGGGAUAAAGGUAGACCUUUCUAGUCACUACUCAUGUCGUCGGUUACCGAGUGGAUACGAUUAUUUUCGAAUUCUCCAAUUAAACAUCCUUUCAAUAUCAUAAAGUGAUGUCACUGAAUAUAACGAUGACAUUAAUGCAAUCACGCGCUACUUCGAUAAGCUGACAUAUUUAUUUCGUAUGCCAUAAUUUCAAUUGUAUGAAAUGUUUAUACAUAAAUCUUUACGACUUCAGGUUACAUUAAGGAAAAAUCAUUGAGUUUGAAUUAGAGAAAUGGCAGAAGCAGAACCUCCAAGUGAGGGGAAGAGUGCAAUAGAAAAUGCAGUAAUUUCAAGUGAGAAGAGUGCAAUGGCAGAUGCAGUAAUUUCAAGUGAGAAGAGUGCAAUGGCAGAUGCAGUAAUUUCAAUUGAGAAGAGUGCAAUGGCAGAUGCAGUAAUUUCAAGUGAGGAGAAGAAUGUCGUCGUUUGUCCUGUUAAUUACAAACAAAUUGCAAAUGCAACAAUGACGCAAAAUGAUAAUAUAUUUAAAGAAAUAUUAAAGGGAAUGUUUAACAGUUGCCGCCAGAUGUUGGAAGACAAAUACAAGACUUACUUUUCCUACAUGAGGUCAUUUUUGUGGGAAGGCAAGAGGAACGAUUUUCCACUGGAGGAUUAUUACGUAGAAUUGACUGUACAGAAGACAGAUUUAUUUGGGAAGAUAAGCAGAAAUAAGAUAAGCUUGAAUGAGAUAUUUUCCGAACAACUAAAUGGACACCAAACUAUUUUAGUGACAGGAGAUCCCGGUUAUGGCAAAUCAACUCUGUGCAAGAAAAUUGUGUACGAUUGGGCAACCACGAAUUACCUCAAACACUUUGAUUUAACUUUUAUUGUAAUUUUAAGAGAAUUAGGCGAUAGAAGUGUAAAUGAUGCGUUGUUCCAUGACAUGCGUGAAUACACUCCAACUGAUAAAGAUUGGAAUCUACAAGACAGGAAACGAAACAUUUUGGUGAUUUUGGAUGGUUUCGAUGAGAUUGUAGAAAAAUUUAAAAUUAUAAACUUUGUAAGAGAGAAAUCUUUUUAUAUUUCUCGUCGAAUGACGAUUGUGGUUACCAGUCGACCUGAAGCAACAGAAGACAUCAGAGAAGACAUGAAGAUGAGAAUUUUGAUAGAAGGGUUUUCUCCAGAAUACCAAAAGAAAUACAUUCAAUUAAUGUUUAGAGAUGACGAGAGUAAAGCGAAUGAAUUCAUUUCUAAACGGGAGGAAGACGACUUUUACAAAGAAAUAUCAGAAUGUCCUUUGAUGUUGCAUAUGUUGUGUUGCCUUCAUCAGAAUGGAGAAAUGGAUAAACUUGAAACGAUGAGUGAUUUAUACAUCCGAAUAUUUAGUCUCAUAACUGAACGUUAUGUUCGAAAAACAAAUCAGCAAAACAAGUUUGAAAGAGGGAAAUAUUUUGUGGGAGAAUAUUUACUACUGAAAUUGGGAAAAUUAUACUCAUGGGCACAGGUUAUCACAUCAAAACAAUUGAGGAAUGAAUUUGGUAAAGGUGAUGCAUACAAUUUUAUUAUUGGACUGGACAUUCUUACUGUCGAUUCGUUUUCUCAAUGCGAUAAUACAAAUCGAUACAGUUUUGUGCAUUAUACGUUUGGCGAAUUUCUUUUAGCUUUCGGAAUGUAUGACCUUUCUAUCCCACGUAUAGGUAAUUUCUGUUACAUGGGCUUGCUUUUUUUAUUAGGAUUUUAUAAGGAUGAACCAUUUCCCGAAAAGUUCUUCACAGACGUGAAGGAAACAAUGUUCACGCCUGAGUUUAUGCUUAAAAUUCACAAACAAAUCAAACUGACUACAAAUUGGGAACAAUUUUGUUCGAAUGCCAAUUUGAUAGUUGAUUCUUCGAACUUUUCUCUUUCUUUACAAAAGUUAUUGGAGUUGUAUGAAUUCAAAAAAUUAUAUUUCCAUUUCCGUGAAAAAAAACGUAAAUACGAAGAAAGUGAAAAUGAGGUAAUUUAUUCUUUGAUCGACUUUAGUAUUCAGUAUAACAUGGAGAUUAAUGUUAUUCUCUCAAUUCGCGAAUGGUCUUGUGAAAAUGAAUACGAUAUCAGAGCAACCGUUUCACAGAUUAUCGAUAUACUUCACGAAAAAAACACAAGUAAUUUCGACAUAUUUCUUAUUGGUGCAGUGAGUCUUUCGUGGAAAACACUGCAUGAGUCAUUCGAUAGAUUCGUCGAUGUUAAUUUCAAUUUAAAUCCGUCUGAAUAUAGGCAGAAAUUAUCAAAUGUAAGUGAAGAAGAAAAAUUGGUAGCAUUGGAAACUGGAGACAAAUUAAAAGUUUCUGGCAGUUACAUUCUUUCAUUGAAGCAAUACGAAACUUUACGUGACCACAUCAUACUAAAAUCUGCGAGUGAAGAGAUGGGUGAAACAGAAUCCACGAGCGAACAGAUGCGUGAAACAGAAUCCACGAGCGAACAGAUGCGUGAAACAGAAUCCACGAGCGAACAGAUGCGUGAAACAGAAUCCACGAGCGAACAGAUGUGUGAAACAAAAUCUACGAGUUCAAAAUGUGUGGUGAUGUAGACGAGUAUAAAAUAAAUGACAGAGUUUUGAAAUAAAUAUUUUGUUGUGUGAAGACUGAUUAAGACUAAAAGUUAUUCAAGUAUAGCACUAAUUUACUUAAAAAAAAUGGAAAAUAUAUUUUCGUGAUUGGCAAAAUUACUUGCAAUUGAAUGAAGAAAUUUACCUGAGCCUUUUAUUACUCGUUUCUCCUAUCCUAUGUGCACCUAUUUCUAACAGUUAAAGUGAUGAGACCGUGCCUGAACUAAAAAUUCAUCUGGGUCGGAGCUACAGCCAUGAUUAAAAUGCCAAUUAAAAGACCUAUUUUGUAUUAUUACUCAGAUGGUUUAUAUAAUACGAACUACACUAUUACAACUUCAUCCAAUAAAAACAAUUAACAAACAAUUUACAUUACUAAAGUUCGUAAAUGUUUAGUUUUCUACAUAAAAAUUACUAUUUUAUGCAGAAAAUAAAUAAUAAAAAAAACCAGUAAAUAGUCAUAAUUCAAUUUUUAAUUGAAAAUAUCCUGGGUUUCUCAUGUUAUCAUGUAUGCUGUUAUGAAAAUAAAUAAAUAUAAACGAUGGAAUAGAAAAGAAAGGUUGUCUUUCUGAAUUUUUCUUCAGUAUCCAAUUUUUUUUUACCUGCCACACGACUUCUCUAUUUAAAAUAAAAUUUUAA